AUGAGGCACUUUGUCCUGGCCCAGAGUGGAGGACGGAACCCUAAAGUACGUGCCCGGCGCCGCGGGGGGGGAGGCUUGCGGGUCUCGGGGGUGGUGGGGGGGGGGGCUUUGGCCCGCAGGGUAUGCCCGGAGGGGAAACAUAAUAGUUGGGGGAGGCACGGGGUGUGCUUACGAUGCAGAAACCGGAUCCCGCCUGGGUCCUAGGCCUAUCCACAAUGCUCUCACACAAUUAGGCAUAUUGCCCGCACCCUCAUAGUAUUCGGCUGCGGGGACUACACUACCUGGUAGGGCGGUGACGGCCAUGGACGGCUGAGGACACCACAGUACCACACACGACAAGGUAACGAACCCUUGACUACAGACACGCCCCACGGGCAGACGCACACCUGUACAGGCACCCAAGGUGCGACCUAGGGACGACUGACGACAGUUGGACUGACUCCCCAGGUACACACCAAGUGCGUUGAGCCAAUACCGGCACCUCACAACUAGGACGAGGUGCGGGGACGGGGGUGGGUGAGAUCGGGGACCUUGGGCAGACUCCUGGUCGCGGGACCUGACCAGCACCGGGACCUGACUCCUGACUGGCCCUCGCUCUCAGUCCCCACCUCCUCUCUCUCUCCUUCUCUUACUCUCUUUUUCCCUCUCUCCCCUCUUCCCUCUCGCGCUCUCCCUCUCUCUCCUUUACAGCUACCAGUUUACUCUCCCCCCCUUCACGCCCCAUAUUCGAGGAUGAUGUCAGGUCACUUUAAGCAGGCGGAUCUCUGCCUGUGGUCGAACAACGUUCGGGGCCUUAACGCUCCGGAACGGCGCUCACACCUUCUCCGCACCCUGUGGGCGGUACGCGCGUCGCUUGCAUUCGUCCAGGAAACUCACUUCCAGGGGCGAAAUGCACGGCGCUGCGGGACACCCGCUUCCCGACCGGAUACUUUGCCAACCACCCACAUGCCAAAAAGUCGGGGUUGGCAAUUCUCAUAGCCCGCACGGUGCCCUUUCAAAGCCAAGCUGAAUUGGCGGACCCAGAGGGCCGCUCCAUAUUCGUGAAAAGCACGAUUGCUGGACAUCCCUAUACCUUGGCGUGUGUCUAUGCACCCAAUACAGCACAACAUAACUUCCUGACACGCACCUUGCACGCCCUGGAACGCUUCAGAGAAGGCAUGCUGAUCCUGGUGGGGGAUCUCAACCUAGCCCUGGACCCACGUCUGGACACCUCCCUAGGAACUAGCUCCCUACCGGCUUCCUACCAACGCAAGGCCCUUAUGGCCCUCAAGAACUCGGGGUUGGCAGACUCGUGGCGAGUGGCCCACCCACUAGGGAGGGACUACUCCUACUACUCUGCGGUCCACAGCCGCUACAGUCGGUUGGACUAUAUCUUCCUCCCCAUUGAAUACCUCUUGCUCUUGCAAUCCAGUGGGAUCCACGCGGCAACUUGGUCGGACCACGCUCCGGUCUGGACUAAGAUUGCCUCCCCGCUGUACAGACCACGGGAGAGGCAGUGGCGGCUCAAUGAGCAGGUCUUGGAGGAGCUGGAGGCGACAGUGGAGAUGGGUGACGCACUGCAGAAGUACUUUGAGGAGAACACCACCCCAGACGUGGAACCAUCGAUGAUAUGGGAGGCACACAAAUGUAUGUCCGCGGCCAUCUCAUACGUUAUUGUACUCAACGGAAGAAAGCCCAAAGGCAAGCAGUCACGGACCUGGCACAACAAGUGGCAACCCUUGAAACCCUACAUAAGUUUAGCAGAACAAGACACACAGAGAAGAUAG